AUGGCGCAGGCUGGAGGGUCUUACAACAAUCCCUUGAAGAAAUUCAAGUAUGCUGGUGUUCCUGGGGGAGCAGAGUGGCAAGAUACCCACAACCCAAUCCCGGGAAUGUCAAUGGAACUAAUACCAUCUUAUGCAGUCGGGAAAACCUCUCUCAUCACACGGUUUAUGUACGAUUCGUUUGAUAACAUGUAUCAAGCGACCAUCGGCAUCGACUUUCUGUCUAAGACCAUGUAUCUCGAAGACCGGACGGUGCGGCUACAACUCUGGGAUACGGCAGGACAGGAGAGAUUUCGAAGUUUGAUUCCAUCAUACAUCCGAGAUUCAAGCGUGGCCGUGGUUGUCUAUGACAUCUCAAACGCAAAAUCAUUUCAAAACACGAAAAAAUGGAUUGACGAUGUUCGGGCGGAACGAGGCAACGAUGUCAUUAUUGUGCUGGUUGGCAAUAAGACUGAUUUGAACGAGAAGCGUGAAGUCACUACACAGCAAGGGGAGGAUGAAGCUAAAAAGAACAAUCUGAUGUUUAUGGAAACAAGUGCGAAGCUAGGCCACAACGUCAAAAACCUAUUCAAACGGAUAGCGCAAGCGUUGCCCGGUAUGGAGGGAGCUGAUGCUGCAGCUCAAGCAUCAAGUCAGAUGAUUGAUGUUAAAACAAAUACAUCACAGCCUACUCAAGAGGGAUGCUCGUGUUAA